AUGUUACUGCUUGAUUGCGCUUGUUAUGAUAAGCAUGGUAUUAUGGUGUUUGUAGAGAGUAAAAGGUUGAGGCAGUCGCAGAUGAAGGUGAUGCUGCAAUUUGAUUGCAGGAAAAAAAUCGGAAGACCUGAAAUCCACACUAACGACGAAGACGAAGGAUCUGGUUGCGUCUUCUCAGAAGGAGAUGAGGAAUUGCAGAAGAUCGAUGAUGAUAGAAGCGAGCUGCAUAGAGAAAGGAAAUUGAAGGUUCUGUUUUUGGUGAUUUGUGUAGCAAGAUGCUGUGGAGAAGAUGGAACUCAGAGACAGAGAGAGGAAAAGAAAUAA